AUGAUCGAAUUACGAUCAGGAACGAACGGGCUAGAACGUGCUUGUCGACUACAGCAAAAAAUAGAAGACAUUCUGCAACUGCAGACGGGCAUUGAAUUCACCUCCACAAGUGACGUGUUCGAGAAGGCUGUUGAACAGUUCGUUCGUAUUCAACAAGGUAGUCAGCUUCCUUGGAAAUUUAUCAUACUGACGUUUCCCUUCUGUUCUUCUCAGGCUUUCCUUGGAUUUGGCCAGUCUGCCGACAUUACAAUAAGACUGAAUGACGAGGAAUCACGAAAGACGGCCAAAAUUCGAGGAGAAGAUGGCCAACAGGAAACUCAUUAUUUGUUCUACGAUGGUGAAACGAUUUCUGGCACUGUAAACAUCGCGCUAAAGAAACCGAAUCAGAAACUCGACCAUCAGGGCAUUCGGAUCGAAUUCAUUGGACAGAUUGAGGUAUAUUAUGAUCGUGGGAACCAGCAUGACUUUAUUUCCCUAACGAAAGAUCUCGCAAGGCCAGGGGAGUUGACUCAAAACUCUUCAUUCAGCUUUGAGUUCCAGAAUGUAGAGAAACCUUACGAGUCUUACAUGGGCAUCAAUGUUAAACUUAGGUACUUUCUCCGUGUGACGAUUAUUCGGCGGAUAACAGACAUCACGAGAGAGAUGGAUCUCAUAGUUCACACCCUAAGUAGUUAUCCUGAUGCGGACGUCAAUCUUAAAAUGGAUGUUGGAAUUGAAGAUUGUCUUCACAUCGAAUUUGAAUACAAUAAGAGCAGAUACCAUCUCCAAGAUGUGAUAGUGGGGAAAAUAUAUUUCGUGCUGGUCCGUAUCAAAAUUAAACACAUGGAAAUUGCAAUAAUAAAGUCCGAAACAGUGGGUUCUGGCCCAAACGCUGCCAAGGAAACUGAUCCGGUAGCAAAAUUCGAGAUCAUGGACGGUGCUCCUGUCAGAGGAGAAUCUAUUCCAAUCCGUCUUUUUCUCGGUGGUCAUGACCUUGCUCCUACCAUGCGUGACGUUAGCAAGAAGUUUUCUGUUAGAUAUCUUCUUAACCUUGUCCUGGUCGAUGAGGAGGAUCGGCGAUACUUCAAACAACAGGAAAUAACAUUAUGGCGUAAGGCCGAUAAACAAAUCAGAAAACCGGAUCCCAUCUGUAAUGUGAUGAGCACGAAUGGAAGAGAAGGAAGUAUAAAGGUGAAUUCGGAGGACGAUAAUGAAAACGGUCAAGACUCAGCAAAUGACGAUCAGUAG